AUGUCUGUUUUGAAUAUUCUUAUAGUUUUUUGGGGGAUUUGUUAUCUUACAGGUGUAGAUGUACUUGCAGCGGAUAACUGUCCCCCAGAGGCACCAUUUGUUAAUUGCACUGUCAGUAAUCCAUGUUCCUUCUCGGAAGCAAUAUGUCCUCAAGAUCCCACUGCUCGAUGUCGACCUGAUUAUUGCGGAGGAUGUAUAGCAAGAUUCUACGACGACCUCAAUAAUGAGCUGCACUGUGAACAAGAUUUUAAUGUUAUCUGUGAGGUUAAGAACAACACAGUCGGUUGCUUAGCACCCCCGGGGUCAACCAUGCAUAUCACAUAUGCAAAUUAUGGCAGAAAAGACAAUACAACUUGCCAACACGUGUUCGAUGACAAAGAUUAUCAUUUUGAUACUAACUGUCAAUCUGAGAAAAGCACCAUGAAGAUAGUGAAGGCCUUGUGUGAAGGCAAACCAAGCUGUCACUUACGCGCCCUCAACUCCAUAUAUGGGGAUCCUUGCCCUGGUGUCUACAAAUACUUGGAAGUGGAUUUUAUUUGCGUGUUUCAAGUUGGAAAUGCUAACAUCAACAGACAGGCCUCUGUGGUUGGACUUGUGUCAUAUGCAGUGUUGUUACUUUCAUAUAACUCUAUAAUAUGA